AUGGUCUUCAUCCACGUCACGUCUUCACUUAUCGACUUGUUGCAGGUAGCCGUCGACGCGGACGCCAAAUGUGCCCUUUGUCACCAUCGAUACUUCGAGCACGAAUCCUCUCUGGACGAAAUCCUCUCGCAAGUCUCCGCCAUCUUUCGUAAGGCUGGUAUUGCAGGACUUUGCGGGGGCAUGGUCUACUUCGCCCACAUGCCGCUCACAGGGAGUACCCCAUGUCCUGGCUGCAAAGAGCCUCUGUGUGCGCACGGACCGCCUCCAACAGCGCCGGCGCCCCCGCCAGCCAAUGCUACGCCCUCCCGUGACUCCCCUCGUCCUCCCCCGCAAGUUUCACGUUCCCCAGCGGUCGGCAUAGUCCUCCCACCCCCUGCUCUUCCGGGACGCUCCUCCCUGGCAAUUACUUCCACUACCGGGGCCACUCGCGCUUUCCCAGACUUUGUACGGCCAGCGAGCGCACUCACCGCCCAGGCGGUCACGGGAGACACCACCGCGUCCUCCGUCAAUGCCACCCGCUUGCAGACGGCAGCUCGCACCCUUCACCCUCCUCAAGCGGUUACGGUAGACGUACGAGGCUCUGGGAGCUCACGUUCUCGUCGACCACGCCACUCACCUGCGGGAACGGUCGUUGAUGCUGCAGUACCACCACCUACGCAGCCUACCGCCCAUCGCGUCCCGGCGUCGGCGACGGGAGCAAACUCGUCGGCCACCUCGUUCAACGCGGCCGCAUCAGAAGCCAUUCCCCCGCCCCCAUCCGCAGACGCUCGUUCCUCGUCUUCCUCGGGCGCGUCGACCCUAGUCGAUCUGGUCAUCUGGCCUCUCACGCCGGACUUCGCCCACCCCAAGGCCGCGCAUCCUUACCGCCUCGUCCACCUUCGCUUUGUCGAGGAGCAGCUAAACGCUGUCGUGGCUCGCCUUGGGGAGCAUCAACUCCAUACAACACUGCCGGUGGAUACGACGUUGAGCGGCCAAGACUUGCAGAACCGUAUCUUCCAAUGGGUGUUCACGCAAUUUCGCAUGUCGAAUAUUCAGCACCUCGAUGCCCCCCGAGACGAUUUCCCAGAGCCCACUGUGCCGGCGCUGCUGAACGCCGCCACGACGACGGCCGCCCCCGCCGAGGAUCCCUUCGUGUUCCUGACGGUCAAGAAGCACACCGGGAAAUUUAUGUUGACCCCCGUCAAGCCGGAGGACGCCCAUCGACUUACUUUCGACAGCCUACUCAAGCUGGCCGCACCCUUGCCGCGCUCGCGCUCGUCCUUCACACACCCCGUCGUUUAUCUUGCGCCUAGGCUCAACCACGUGUCCGGCAGGCUUCAGAGUACCAGCGACGCUCGACCGAGUCUAGCCGAGCAUGGUCCCUCCCACCCUUGCUUUGGCGUGCGCCUGCUUGCCGGUCUGGCCUAUGCCAGCCGCCGUGUCACUGCCUCAGCCCCCCUUGGUCCCGCAGGAAUUUUGGGUGGUAACCCGGCCCAGAUGUGCUUCACGACAGGUCCACAACCGUGCCCUGGUGCGCUCAUGGACUUCUUCAUCAAUGUCUUCUCCUCCGCAGACGCCACGCCGGGGUCCAGGAAUAUACAGCGAGCCGCCGCCGUCGUCUCCUCCGCCGCCGUCGUCUCCUCCGCCGCCGUCGUCUCCUCUGCCGUCGUCGCCGCCUCCGUCGCCGCCGCGUUCCCCAACAAUCAGUCCGCUCAGGCCGCAGCCAUUUCCUGCACUGUCACCGGCACACCGUCGGCCCCGCCAUCCUCCCCUAGACGCCGGCGAACCGAUCAUGCACGUCGUUCUUCUGACGAUCUGAGCCCCUCUCCGCCUCGCAACCGCCAGCGACGCGGAACCGUCUCGAUAAUUCCGCCGUCUACGUUGGAGGUGUCAUCCGACAGCGACGACGCUCCAGCCGAUAGAGCAGGCCCCGAAGCUGUCGCGCUCUACAGCGAUGAGACCUUGCACCAGUGGCUCGUGUGUGUCUCCAGCUACGUACCGAAGACACAUCACGCACGAGUCCUUCGCCUACGGGGCCCAAACCUGGAGAGCUUGGCUGCGGCGUUGACGAAGUUCGUUCGAUGGUCCCUCCGUGCGCAGAAGGAGCCACAUCCGCCAGAUGUGCGCCAGAGCUUACCUGCCGAUGUCACCAUCGGAACACCUGUCCACCCGUUCGCUCACAUGCAAAUCGACCGUCCCGAUGUCGAGCCCUAUGUUACGAUCGCAACCCACGGCAGGCUGGUCAGCACCGGCGCUGGGCUGUGGCGAGAGGUCUUCAUGCGUGCCGCAGGGGACCUCGUAUCUAACCACCGCAUGUGGACGCCUCUCGGACCAGACACCGGCGGAGGUGCAGACGGCGUCGCUUUUGUCCUUCCGGGUGGACGUGGCGCAUGUACCGCCGAGGUCCUGGACGAGUAUCGUCUCCACGGCACUUUUAUCGGCCUCGGCUGCUUGCUGCAUGGCUCCCUCACCUAUUUCGGUUUGUGGACGGGACUGGCGUUGGCGCUGGGCGAGGAGAUGAUGCGGCUGGGCGAUGAUUUCUUCGCCCGCUACGCCCCCGCGGCCUUCCGACGUAUGGCUAAAGUGCGUGCGCUCACCCCCGCGUCCCCUAUAUGGGCACCGAACACGACUGCGGAGGCGGAUGACCCUCACCAUCUUGUGUGCGAGGAGCUUGGCGAAAACCUGGCGGAGGCCGGCGGGAAUACUCAUCGCACUGCUGCUGCCCAUGCUGCUCUAGUCCAGCGCAUUUGGUGCAAGCUACUCCUCUGCAACAAGGAGCCGUGGCAACAUCCAGCCUUUAGGGCUUUGCGAGACGGCUUCAACAUCGUCUUCGGGGACCGUGGCUAUUUACUUCAGAUCACCAAGCAACAUGGCUUCUCCAUCCCCUCGCUUUGUGUCGCCAUGGCUGAUCGGCACGUCCACGACGUCGAGGACUUCGUCCGGCGCAUUGAGCUUUACGAAGCUACUGACGGCGACCCGCUGGAAAUCUUGCCACCCUCCCAGCGGGCAUUGUUCCCCAAGGUGGCUGCGAUGAUCGUGGAUCUUGUUCGCCAUUAUGCGCGUGGCCGCGGACAUACCCCUCAGUCGUUGCAGGACACGCCGGACCUGACAGCCCAGCAUCCUGCAGCCGAUGCCGAUGAAUGCUUCCGUGCCACGCUGCUCCUGCAAGCUUGUUAUGGUGCGAAGUUUCGACCCGUGCGUCCCGAUUGGAGAUUAAAUGUUCACGUCAUUCCUGCGGCGGAACAGCAAGAAAAGCCCAUCAACUUCCAUUCCUGUUUUACGCGCAUGGAUAUUACCCUGACGGAUGAUCUCCUGCGAGUCGUCGUGGACGAUUGGAAGACUAUGAAGGGUGCUGGGGGUCGCUCGCAAGCGCUGGUAUUCCACAAUAUUCUGCAUAGCCAACUCUUGGCAGUCGACGCAUUCUAUAACGUGUUCUAA